CCACAUAACUAAAAACUAGUUACAAGCAAAGCAACGAAGUGCCUCACCCCCUCAAAAUGGCGAAUCGUGUGGAGAGGAUAGCUCUACAAGUCCAGAAACUUGCCCAGGCAACUGGAAUUGAAGAUGAGAAGGAGUACCAUGGCAAGGAUUCUGGCCUUGACGGAGUCACUUCAGACUUGGACAUUGAAGCACUCUCUAAGGGAUUAAUAGACAUCACAAAGGACUUCGAUGUAUAUCUUCAAAGUUUGUUGGACCCUCCAAACAUGCCCACUGCUAAUCUGAAAGCGGACAUCGCUGCUCUGGAGCGUGAACUACAGGAGAAAGAUGAGCUAAUCGAAAAGAAUGUCGAAAUGCUGAAGAAAGCGGAAACAUCCCUCCGUAAACUGAAACGAAGGCAGUAUCGGCAAAUUUAUCAAAUGGCGACUCCAUGAUGCCGUGAAACCUUUUCGUCAAAGCCGAAAUGUGCCUUUGCGGCAAAGCUGUGGAUAGUGUUUUGAAAAGUGGAAACCUCCACAUGUGCCCAAUGUAUAUAGAUGUAGUGUCCAAAAUGUUAAAGCUUAGGCAAUGGCUUUGUCCGGACGAUGUGUGAUAAUAAUGAAUUGAUAAACUCUUGCUGAACUACAAACGAAUCAAAUCUGGUGCUCGUCCAUGUCGUGGAGGGCAACCUAAUCUGGCCGGCUCAAAAGACCCAAUCGUCCAACUCGGAGCCUCCGAAGCCUUUGUUCUUUACUUCACCAGGCUUCUGCCCCCCAGCUGGUCCCAACGUCGGUGUUGUCCCCAAACCUCCCCAGAAAUCAUCGUCAUCAUCUGAAGAAACACUUUUUUUGGAUUUGGACUUCGUGUUCAGGUUGGAGACGUCUGCGGAUGGGCCUGGGAGUACGCUUGCUUUCGGGGAGGGCUGAUCCCAUAUAUCGUCGUCAUCGUCAUUUCCAAGACUGAUGGGUUCUGUCCUUGUAGGAGGGAUUGCUGCAGAUGGUAGCGUAGAUGCAGGUGCUGGAGGUUGAGCGGGAAUAAUAGGCGAUAACUUCGCCGCGACCGACGGUGAGACGGAUGGCGGCCUCGGUGGUUGAAAUGCAGCGGGGGGAGCUGGAACGCGUGUCACUACUGGCGACACCUUCGGAGAACGGCGUGUGCCGUACGAGUCAACAUUUCUAGCGGACUGCUCAUUCACACUCGACGAUAUAGGUGUCGCUGAGAGUGAUGCUUUCUCUAGCUUAAGCCGCUCCAUUUCAACUUUCAUUUCCUCCAUUUCGCGUCUGGCUCGCUCUACUUCCAAUCGCUCCUUCUGUAGGGCUUCACGCAUUUUCUCCGCUUCUUGGGACUGCACAAGAUGAUCAGACGGAGGGGGCGGAAAAUGGGGCACUGGGUGAUUUGGUGGUGGCAUCUGUUGUGCUGGUGAAAGUGUCUGUGAAGGUGGAGCGCGCCGCGCUGGCGACAAUGUCUGUUCUUGAUGUUCCAUCUCGGGGUGCGAAGGCGGCUGACGAGUUGUGUGGGUCUGACUUGUCGGAGAACGGAAAACGCUUUCCUGUUGCGACGGAGAUGCUUGCGGCUGCAAACCAUGAGGAGGAGGUAUUGGAACGAUCACGGGGGUUUGGCCUGGGGAUUGCACAUGUGCCUGUUGGAGUUGCUCAAGAGGAUUUGCCUCUGCAACCGGCGCCGGCAUAUCUUGACCCUCAAUCCUUAACCAGUUCGGGCCGCUAGGAUCCAUCAUGGAUGGUAGUGCCGUGACUGUGAGACGCUUGUUUCGAAUGUUGGAAACCAUGUGCAUCGCAAUGCGAAAUUCUUCUAGAGAUAGCUUUCCAUCCCUCGUGACAUCGGCAAGCUCCCAAAUUCUCUUCAAAGUAGGCCUCGGUAAACCACUUUUCCCAAAGAAAGUGACGCCUUGCUUCCCAUCUAUCAUCCCAGUCUGGGCAACAUCAAGGCUCUUGAAGAAUGAGUCGUACUUUGCGAUUACUGCAAGGGGCACCGUCCAAGAGAACGCAUUAGUGUUCUCAGGCGCUGUGACCGUUACUGCAGGUUCCUUCUUCACUUCAGGAGCGAUAUUUGGAAUCAAGUUGAUCCCUGAGAAGUUUCGUAGUCCAGACACAGAAAGUUCAGCACCACGUUGGGCCAAAGCUACCAAACGAAGCGCGAUAUAAAACUCAUCUCGGCCUAGAGAACCUUCCUUCUGAUGAUCAGCGACGUCCCAAAUGCGACGCAACUGACCUUUCGACACCUUCGCGGCACGACCCAAAAAUGCAACUGCGUCUUUCCCGCCCACAGUUUCGUUAUCACCAACCGCCUGUGCCCAGUACUCACCGUAUUUUACUUCCUCGCCAG